AUGCUCACCCAGCAAGAUAUUUCAUGUGAAAGAGAACACAAAGUCCACAACAUAGUGCUAUAUCCAGAAAAGCACUCCUGGUGCCAGACAACGCCGAUCCAGCAAGUGGUCGCCUCUCCAGGCUUCAAAGCUGUCACCAUUCAAAACAACGUUUGCGUCGGCGCAUGCUUCAGUUACAGCAUACCCAAAAGCGAACCCGCCGAACCCGGAGAGUUGAUUGGUCCGUAUUGUGACAGCUGUCAACCGUCGGAAAUCGAAUGCUACCACGUCAAUUUACACGCUGACAGUAACUUAGAUGACUCGAAAAUACUUCAGAAAAAAGUUCAAAUAAUAAUGAAUUGUUCCUGUCAAAGCUGCGAUAAGAUUCGUCCAGAUGAUUAUGCUAUUAAUGCUACCAAUACUCAAGAAUUACCUAAGCAUCUGUAUGUGGACCAAGAACAAUUCAAACCUACAGAAGACGUCAUACAUCCAGAUUUAUUUGAAGAUCAAAACACACAAAGCAAACAGCAUUUCGAACACGACAUCAAGUUAAAGGACAAGUUCAAAAAAUGGUUCGAACAGAUUCAAAACGAAAUUGCCGAACAUAAAAACACCGAAUUGGAAGACUUGAACAAAAGUCUGAACGAUAUCCAAAAGGAAAACGAAAAAAUCAGAAAAGACCUGGAAGGACUGCCUAAAAGCUUUGGCCUGGAAGGUGCACCAAGCCACCAUAAAGGAGCACACAUCGGUAUGGGAAUCGUGCAUCAUCCAAACGACGUUGCGGAUGUAGAUAGCACAAAAUCGGUUGAUCACAAGGUCGGUCACCAUGGGCAUCACGGUCAUCACAAUCACCACCAUACCGAGAAUGAAAAUAGGAGCGAUAAUAGUGCACACCAUCACUAUUUAGGAGAAGAACAACAAAUAGGACCUCAUGGCUCUAUGGUAGCCGCACCAACCGACGUCAAACUGCACGUAGACAGCGAUUCCCUAAAGCCCAACGAUGAAGGUCUUGUUGUCGAAUACGAGAACCACAACAGGGACACUGAUCACAAAGUGGCAGAAAUUAUCCAAGGAGUAUAG